AUGACGGAUGUCGUGUUGAUGAUAGAAAGGAACACUGGAGUCGUCAAGGCCUUGUACGAAUCCGAUACCACCCUCUUACGUGGUUUGAAUCCGGAAGCUAAGGAGCGAGAUGACUUGCACAUGGUCAUGCAUGAGUGCCAUUGCGUCUUGGAAGAGGACCCAGUGAAAUUCAGGGAAGUCCGUCCUGACUUUCUUGCCACUGGUCUCGCAGUCAUCGGCGUCGAGCGUCCUGAAACGAUGGGAGCCCUCGAUCCCUCGGUCGGUGGUGAACUCAUCAAAGCCGUGGUCCAAGCCAAUCAGGACGUCGAUUCUGUGCAGCCCACAAGUGUCGACAGCGCGCGAUGGCAGCGACCAAUGUUCUCGAUUGCGGGAGGUGGCUUGUCAGAAUCUCCAGUUGAACGCGCCAGUUUCGUGGAGCUGAUGUUGCGGGCGACCGUAUGUUUACUCUUAUUCCUCCUCUCUUCUCUCCACCCUCUUUUGCCCAUCCUCUCGACGGCACACUAUCACAACGCUGGUAACACCUUCACACCUCACCUCACAGCACUAGUUCCUGCUCACAACAUGGGACAUGUUCACUCAACCGAAGAAAUCGCCGCCGCGACGGUGCCGCGGAGAGACGACGAGCUGCCGAAAGCUUCUGAUGUGUCCAAAGAAAAUGAUGAGCUUCUUUCGCGCAUGAGCCAGCAAUUGCGGCAGUUCCACGCAUCUUGUCGGACAUCACGCUCGAACCUGAUGUCCUCAGUCGCCCGAUCUUCGCCAGCUUUCAACCAUUCCGCCGUGCAAAAUCCGCCGCCAGCGACCGUCGUCGCAUCACCGCCGCCAGCGUCCUUCGAAUCACUGCGGCCAGCGUCCUUCGUCGCACCACCGCCGCAGACGCACGCGAGACCGCUUCUUGCAGUGAUCCAACAGCCUGUGCCGCCGCACUAUCCAGGCAGUAAGUUUGUGAAGUUCAUGCGCUUACGCCCCAAUAUUCGAAUCCAUACUACAGCCAGUAUCGAGGUCUUCAACCGCGUCCCCGAGUCAUACCGAACAGGCCAGCACAUCGCCGAAUGGAUCCUACAAAAACUCGACAUGAAGACUUUACUCCUCGCACAACGCGUCUGCACCACUUUUCGCGGUCUCGUCCGCUACCAAAUCCGUCUUCAACGCCAGCUCUGGUUCAUCGACACCAACGGCGCCACGCGAGCAGAUUUACUCGAGGAUCCAGACUACGUCGAUCCGCUCAUUGGACGUCUGCGUCAAGAUCUGGAUCUGUUCUUCGAUUACGAUCCUCGCAGGCCGAGGCAGAAAAUUCUGUAUAUGCCGGUUCCGCCCCAGGCCAAAUUUGACCACUCGCCCGUGUCGAAUUGGAGGAAAAUGUUGGUGAUGAGAACUGCUAAGCGGUAUUUGAGAUGGGAGAUCGUCAUACCCGGCGUAGCCAUCAUCGACCUCGGCAAGAUGGAACGCGCGCCCACUUUCGGUCUGGUCACAGCCGUCAUCAUCAAUGCGAUGCAUUACGGCGGCCGUGGCAUUGCCAUGAUUAUAGAAAGAGAUCGGUUGGGAAGGAUGUUGGGACGAUAA